UAUCAGUCUCGAUAUGUCGCUCUUGCGUUCCAGAUUUUGUAGUCCCUAAACGUCUUUACAGCACAGAAGACACUUAUUUAUCGUAACGAUCUUAUUUCCGUUUGUUUGUUUAUUUAUUAUUUAAAAGUAUAUCGCGAUGCAGUGGUAAAAUGUCCGUUAGUGACCGCUUAAGACCGUUUGUGUGAAAAGUGUCCGGUCCGCCGUGUGUUUUCGUUUUAAAGUGGUUUUCCUUUAAAGGAUUGUCUCAAUUGCUCAGGUGACUAUGAGGAAGGCGCUAUCUUUGGAAAGUUUUUCUUUGCGGCCGAACCUGCAACGUGGAGUUCAAUGGCUAUCAGAACUGAUCCUAAGGCAACACGACGAUAUAAUGUCGCACCACAGUGACGAUAAUAUGCUAAUACCAACGAGCGAUUCGUUUUGGGAGCCGGGCAACUACAAAAAGACGACGAAACGCAUCGAGGACGGUUACAAAUUGUGCGGCGACCUAAUAACGCUCGUCAACGAGAGGGCCGAGAUCGAAAAGGGCUACGCGAAAAAUUUGAAAGCGUGGUCGAAGAAGUGGAACGAUCUCAUCGAGAAGGGUCCCGAGUACGGUACGACGGAGGCGGCGUGGAAGGGCGUGCUCGGAGAGGCCGAUAGGCGGUGUGAUGUGCAUAAUAAAGUUAAGGAUAAUUUGUGUAAUGAAAUCAUUCCCAAAGUUAAGAAUUGGCAGAAGGAAACUUAUCAUAAGUCAAUGAUACACAUCAAAGAGAGAAAAGACAUGGAAGACGCAUUUAAAAAAGCUCAAAAACCAUGGGCGAAACUACUGCAGAAAGUCGAGAAAACGAGAAGUGACUAUCACACAGCGUGUAAAACAGAAAAAUCGGCGACAAACCAGGAGCGCAACGCCUCUGGAGACACCUCCGUUUCGCCGGAUCAGAAGAAUGUUCUGGUAAGGAAAAUGCAAGAUCGAGUGCAAAAAUCGAAGGAGGAAGUACAGAAGACCAAAGAAAAGUACGAGGCAGCUCUACAGGAGAUAAACAACUACAAUCCGAAGUACAUGGAGGACAUGACCGUAGUAUUCGACAAAUGCCAGGACAUGGAGACGGACAGGUUGAAGUUUAUUAAAUCAGUAUUAUUCGACGUUCACAAACAUUUAAAUAUAUCGCAGGAUCCCACGUUGCCGCAGAUAUACGAAGAACUAUAUCACACUAUUAAUAAUGCGGAUUACGAAAAGGACCUGAAAUGGUGGUCCAAUAAUUACGGUGUGAAUAUGGCUAUGAAUUGGCCGCAGUUCGAGGAUUAUACGGAAGAGUUGCGAGACAUACACAAGGGUAAAUCGAAGGAGUCGGUGCCAUCUGGUAUUAUGUUAAUUAAUCAGCGGCCGGUGGGAGAGGAUUCGCAUGAUUAUAGUUCGGCAGUUAACAAAGCAGCAAAAGGCAAACCGCCGGUAAAUAACACAGAAGUACGAGAGGAAAAGUUGGAAACGACCGCCAAACUAAUAGAAAAAGUCGAAAGUCCUUCAAAUCGUAACUCGACAAUCACGAACGGAACGACGGGUAAGAGCGAGGCGAAUCCUUUCGAAGAAGAGGAGUGGGAUGAUAAUGACGCGCUGGUUGAUACAGGCGAACCGGGUGUACCUGUCAAGGCCCUAUAUGAUUAUGAAGGCGCCGAGAAUGACGAGCUCAGUUUUAAAACCGGUGAUGUCUUUGAAAAGUUAGAAGACGAAGACGAGCAGGGGUGGUGUAAGGGAAGAAAAGACGGUCGUGUCGGUCUCUAUCCGGCGAACUAUGUCGAGCCGGCUUCGCAUUGAUUUGUAUAUUUUUAUUUUUUAAAGAGGAAAAUUACAUUUUUAUUUCUUGAGCGGGCGAGGUUUGUGGGGAGUUUAUACGUAAACAGCAGACUUUUAAAAAACUGAACGGUGCGUUUAUCCUAUGGAUUAUAACAAUCGGUUUUCUCUUCAGGCGUUAUUUAUAACUCGGUAUUGUAUUUGUUGAAGAAUCGGAUGUGGUUACAUAAAUGUAUCGUUAGCUGUAAUAUAUAACAUAAUUACGUGUAUGUUUUGAUAGGCCUAACUGUUUAGAUGCUCUAUGUAUAUACAUAAAAACAUAAUCAGAACACUUCCAGAGGUAUAUGAUAGUAUCAUAAUUAUGUUGCGUAGAAUAAUCGUGUAAAUUAUUAAGCUUUAUAUUAGUAAUAAGCAAUAACUUAAGAGUAGAGGUACCGUGUACAUAUAAUAUAAAUACAUACACAUAAUAUUGCAAUAUGCUCACUAUGCAGAUUUGAUGUAUUGCUAAUUUUACAUGAAAUGUUAAUAUUGUGACAAUUUACAAUUUAUUUGAUUAACGCAGUAAAUGAGAUCCUUUUGUUUGUUUAAGUACUGUUUAUUCAGUAGGACAAAUAAAUGGAAAUUGUUGACCAUUUA